AUGCCGUCCUACACAAAAUCUGAGGAGAAAGUUGGGACAGGCGGCAGCGUCGAGGCUAGACGGAACAUGUUGUCGGCAAGACAGAAUGCGUCGGAGGUAGACGAGUACUUACGCGAAGAAGAAUCGCUUGGUAAAGUUGUACCAGUACAGGGGUCUGGGCGUGAGCUGGGAAAGUGGCGCUUGAUAGUAGACCUGUCGUCUCCUCAAGGGGUGAGUGUAAACGAUGGCAUCGAUAAGCAGCUGAACUCAUUGUCAUAUGCCCGCAUUGACGCCGCCGCGCGGCGCGUUCUUCAGGCCGGAAGAAGUAACCUGUUGGCAAAACUGGAUCUGCAGAGUGCCCAUAGAGUGGUACCUGUACCUAGCGACGACAGGCAUCUGUUGGGAAUGAGGUGGAAUGAGCAAGUUUGUUUGGAUACCGCUCUUCCAUUCGGGUUGCGCUAUGCGCCUCAGAUCUUCUCGGCGGUAGCGGAUGCCUUAUUGUGGGCUAUGUACGUGUGUGCUUCAACGCUCCAUUAUUUAGACGAUUUUCUUGUCUUCGGCGAGCCAGGGUCCGACGAAUGUUCCAACAACCUGAGUCAUGCAUUGGCAACGUGCAGAAGUUUAAGCGUUCCGGUAGCGAAGCACAAGAUGGAAGGCUCGGCCUAUUGCAUGACAUUCCUUGGCAUUGCGAUUGACACAAACGAAGGUUGCUUGCGUUUACCCGAGAAUAAGCUGCGGCGCCUCUGUGAGCUGCUGACGAAAUGGUCGCACAAGCAAGCCUGUACGAAGCGCGAGCUGUUAUCGCUGGUCGGUCUAUUGCACCAUGCCGCCACCGUCGUUAAGCCUGGUCGGAUAUUCGUUCGGCGGUUGAUCGACUUGUCGGCGAUUCUGAAGAAGUUGCAUUCCACGUUCGGCUAA